AUGGAAGACUACUUCUCAUUUUUGCCAGACCCCAUUAUCGUGCUUAUCAUCUCCUACUUGGCCUUUAGGGACGCUGCCAGAACCAGCGUCUUGUCCCAGAGAUGGCGCCAUCUAUGGCGUUCAACAAAGAACAUCGAAUUUGACGAGACCCUAUUCAUGAGAGAAGUGGAAUCAAGAGAGGAAAGAGAAUUAUGUAGGAGGGAUUUCAUCUAUUUUGUGAGGCAGUGGAUACUUGACUACCAAGAGCCAGUGUUAGACAUGUUCCGCCUAGCUUUCUCGAACCCCAAACAGUACCAGCUUGAGAUGGAGAACUGUGUUAGGUUUGCUAUUGCCCAUGGCGUCAAAAGGCUGGAUCUUGACUUCUGUGAUCCAGCAUGGGGUGAAUACAAUUCUGAUGAACCUCCUCCCUCAUUUGCUUUACCAUCUUGCGUUUACAGAAAUGGGGUUCUUGAGUCUUUGAGGCUCUAUUCUUGCAGUUUCCAUGUUUCGAGGUUUAAUACUUUUACUGCACUCAAGGAUCUGUCAAUUGGAUGGAGUGAACUUAAAAGUUUUGCUCUGAGUGCCUUGUUGGUGAACUGUCCAUUGCUUGAGAGUCUAAGCUUGAAAAAGUGUUGGAAUUUAGAUGAUCCUGUCAUUUCUGGGCCGAAGCUGAAGCUUCGGAGUCUGGUCAUGGAUAAGUGCGCUUUUAUCUAUCGGUUCACUGUUGGGGCGCCAUUGUUGCGAUCCUUGAGCUACUCAGGAGCAGUGUCUGAGUUCGUCUUUUUGAACCAACCUCCUGUGGAGAAGGUAGAGCUGGACUUCGGGCUUGAGCCUGAUAUCGACUAUGAGGGCACUUAUGGUGAUGUUAUUCGGGAACUCCUUGGAGAUCUCAAAUGCACUACUUUAACUGUUUGUAGUUUCAUGCUUCAGGCUGUGGAGGGCACCAUCUUUCUCAGUAUUCUCCCUGAUGGGAGUGGGAGAGAACGGGUACUGUUCUUUAUUCAAAAGAUGUAA